ACGAGUAUAUAUAUCAUCAUGGAAGGCGAUGGUCUGGAUUCCAAUUCCUGGAGCUCCCAACUGGCGGACAGCUCUAACAAUCACGAUCGCGAUCACGGGUACGCACAAUCUCUCUUUGAUUCCUUCCUAGAGCUAGGCGAUGCCGGUAUCGAUCAUCAACAAACCGACAAUGUGACCGAGAUGCCACCCAUGACAGAUCUCAAAGCAUCGAUCGUCAAGUGCUGCGAAGCCAUCGCCGCGAAUGCCACCACCCAAGCCUACGCGCUCGUCAGCGAGCUGAGAGACAAGUCCUCUCCCACAGGAACCACGGUGGAACGCCUAGCCUUCUACUUCUCCGAGGCACUCGUAGCUCGAAUCACUGGCACCGGGAGGCUGCUCUAUAAUACCUUCAAAUCCAGGCGAACCAUCGACGAGACCCUCCAGAUCUUCUCCACAGUCUCGCAGACCUCCCCGGGCUUUGGGCUGCCAAUCUUCUUCACGAACCAGACGAUCCUGGACGAGACAUCGUCGGCGGCCCGCGUGCACGUAGUCGAUUUUGGAAUCGGCCCGGGCUAUCGGUGGCUGUGCCUGAUCAAGGAUUUCUCCGAGAGAUCCGGCGGCCCGCCACACUUUCGUGUCACCGCGGUAGAUCGACCGAGCAACUCCCUCUUUUUCCCCAGGGAAGAUGUGGGUGGCAAGCUCGAGAGAUUCGCCAGCAGCGUCGGCGUUCCAUUCGAGUUCCACUCGGUCGUGACCGCCGAAUGGGAUUCGAUCCAAUCCUCGCAGCUGAUGAUCCAGCCGGACGACGUCCUGAUCGUGACUUCAUUCCACAAGCUGCGCGAGCUCUCGGACGAUCCAAAGAGGAGGUUCCUGAGGAACAUCCACGCGAUGGAGCCCAAGCUCUUUCUCAACGCCGCCUUUCCUCCGGUGGGAUUCAACUCGCCAUCGCUGGUGGCGCGCGCGCGAGAGGCCUUCGACUUCCACGCGGGCGUGUUUGAAGCCAUCGCCGCGUCGCUGGCGGAGUCGCGAUUUGCGGGCGAGAGGAGGUUCCUGGAGCAGCUCCGCGGGCUGGAGCUGCUCAACACGUUGGCGUGCGAGGGCGAGGAGCGCGUGGAGAGGCCCGAGGGAUACAAGCAGUGGCAGGAGCUGAUGCGCGGGGCCGGUUUCGAGGGCUACGAGAUCAAGCGCCAUGUCUAUGCUGGAGCGAAGAAAAUGCUGGCGACGUACUCGAAUGCGAGAGAGUAUAGCGUGGGGCGCAGCGGGAAUUGGAUCCUCUUGCGGAGGAAUCGGCAGGUCCUCAUCGCUAUUAGCAACUGGACUUGUUGAAUUUGACUAAAGCUCACCGGAGAUGCCAGCAGCAAUGUAACGGCAGCUGGCGGCAUGGCAGCGGUAGCGCGGCUAGAUUGCUCAUGCUUUGGUACUUAUCUUACUGAUCCUUCAAUUACGAAUUUCCAGUACCAAAUUGAAGCA